AUGUUCCUCUUCGACUGGUUCUAUGGCAUUCUAGCUUCCCUCGGCCUUUGGCAGAAAGAAGCCAAGAUUCUCUUCCUCGGUCUCGAUAAUGCCGGAAAGACUACCCUCCUUCACAUGCUCAAAGACGAGAGAUUAGUUCAGCACCAGCCAACCCAACACCCCACCUCGGAGGAAUUGAGCAUUGGGAAGAUCAAGUUUAAGGCUUUUGAUUUGGGGGGCCAUCAAGUUGCCCGUAGAGUCUGGAAAGACUAUUAUGCCAAGGUUGAUGCAGUAGUUUACCUGGUUGAUGCCUAUGACAAAGAGAGGUUUGCAGAGUCAAAGAAGGAGCUUGAUGCCUUGCUUUCGGAUGAAUCAUUGGCAAAUGUUCCAUUUCUUGUGCUAGGGAACAAGAUUGACAUUCCAUAUGCUGCAUCAGAAGAAGAGCUACGAUAUCAUCUGGGCCUGACCAAUUUCACUACAGGGAAGGGGAAGGUCAACCUUUCAGAGUCCAACCUUCGGCCUCUCGAAGUGUUCAUGUGCAGCAUUGUCCGCAAAAUGGGAUAUGGAGAUGGCUUCCAGUGGGUCUCUCAAUAUAUUAAGUAG